GUCAUACUGUGGUCUGUGUGUGUGUGAGUGUACGUGUGUCGCGAAAGUGUAGUGGUGCAUUGUGUUGUCCCAGCUGAAACUGGUAUCUUUGUAGUUGUUAGCAUACGAAGAAAUGUUUUAGUGGCACCUUGCAUAGUUCCCGAGUGACAGGAAUAUUUGAUUGUGUUGUUAUUUCCCGGAUGCUGCCAUGGGGUUGCUUUUUACAAAGAUUUGGAGCCUGUUUGGAAACGAGGAGCACAAAAUCGUCAUCGUUGGUUUGGACAAUGCAGGAAAAACAACAAUCCUCUAUCAGUUCUUGAUGAAUGAAGUAGUGCACACUUCUCCCACAAUUGGAUCAAAUGUGGAGGAAGUUGUUUGGAAAAACAUCCACUUCAUGAUGUGGGAUUUAGGAGGUCAACAAAGCUUACGGGCAGCAUGGAGUACUUAUUACAGUAAUACAGAGUUUGUUAUAGUCGUUAUAGAUUCCACUGAUAGGGAACGUUUGACAGUAACAAGGGAAGAGCUGUAUCGUAUGCUCAGCCAUGAAGACUUGUCCAAAGCAGCUGUACUUAUUUUUGCCAACAAGCAAGACCUGAAGGGGUCGAUGACUGCAGCAGAAAUAUCCAAGCAACUUGACCUUACAUCAAUUAAGAAACAGCAGUGGCAUAUUCAGUCAUGCUGUGCAUUGACGGGAGAAGGGCUUUAUCAAGGGUUGGAGUGGAUUUGCAGUCGAUUGAAAAAGAAGUGAAGAAGAAGCAAGACAUAAAUUUUGAAGAGUGCCUUGUGUUGACCAUCUGAGGUCUUCCUUGUGUGAAAUUUCUAAAAGUGACAAACAUUUACAUUGUGUGUGAGAGAGAAAAAGUGAAAAUGUUUCUGUUGAUAAGAUAAAAAAUGUAUGUUUUUUCUUAAAGAGAUCUUUAUGUCAUCAGUUUUAACUUGCUAGGCUUGUAAGUGUGCAAGUGGAUUCUAAUGUCAUUGCCAGAAGGGACACCUGUUUCUGUUUGGGUGUGAUGUCUAGUAUAAGUAGGUGUGUAUUUAAAAGAUGAGAUGACUAGUCUCUCAACGCUAUCAACAAACCUUUCAACUCUUAAUAAAUUUAAUGUGCUGGUUUCAGCAAUUCUAUACAAGGAUAAUUCCUGCUCUCAUGGCCCAGAAGCUCCAUUAUUUCCAUUUUCUGUAAUGCUGCGACAUACAUUGCCACUCUAUUGGAAAAGCAGUAAUGAAUGCUGAGGUAUUAAUUGGAAUAUGGCAAAUAAAUUUGGGUUGUUGUCAUAUCACUAGAUACUGUACCCCUUCUGUCAAUGACACAAUGAGUUAGUAUGAAAUUGUUACAGGCUGUGAUGUAAUUUGAUUGUUGAGGUGAAAUGCUGUCUAGUAUAAAUGACAGCAAAAGUUUUUAAUUUCCUCAAUAGUACUGAAAUAGAUUGCCUGUCUUCUCUCUUUUCUGCUUUCAAACCUGGUGAAAAGGCCAAGCUUUUAAUUAUGUUUUUCUUUCUCUGUUAAUAUUCCAAUGUACUGUAUGUAAUUUCAUCUCUUUACUCUGCACUGUACAUCAGGUAGUGUUAUUUCUGCUUAGUGUAAAAUGAACUGGAGUUACCAGGAGUUACUGUAGCUUGCUGACACACAUCACUGACAGCUUCACAGAAGCUGACAAAAUAAGUUAUUCUGUUCAUUUUGCCUUAAUAAUGACUACCUUUUUAAUGUAAUGUUGUCUUUGUAAAAUUGACAAAUAUCUUUGUUCGGGCAUCCUUCUAAAGACUUUGAGGCUACACUAGAACUGGCACAAAACAUCACAUUUUAAGUAGGCAUUGUCAUUGCAGUCGAAUGCAUUUUUCAGUUUUUGAAUGUUGAGUGCUAAGAUUUUCUUUUUUUUUAAUCUUUCUUCAGAAACAUGCAUUUGUGGUUUCAUCACUGUUUACUGCCAAACUUAUCACACAUUGCCUGCUGCUGAUUGUUUCCUUUUUUCUUGGGUUCUUUACUUUGAAUUUUUGUGCUUGGUUCUUGAGAUCUACAAUUUAAGUUUGUGUGUUGUAGAUUCCAGCCCUUUGAUGGGGUUAUCUGUGAUGCAUACUUGUGUACAGUACUGUUGAUGAAUACGUAUUAUGUAAAGUUACUGCAGUAAACCAAUUGUUCUAUGUAUUAAUGGAGGGAUUAAUGUUACAUAUGGUCGCCUUGACUCAACUCUGUUACUCAUGUUACCAAUUUUUAUGUCUAGUGAUAGAGAGUUGGAGUUGAUGGGUCCAUGCCACUUAAAUCUUAAAAAAUAAAAUAAAAAAACAACAAUUUAAGUUUAAGUUUAAAGUUAAGAAAUAAAUCUGCACUUAAAACAUGUGAACAGCACUGCUGCAGUAAACUAUGACUGAUAUAAUGAUGACCGUUUUAGUGUCAAACGUGAGUGUUCUUUGACUAUGUCAACAGUCUCCUCUGGUGUGGGUAGUCUGUGUUUCAAGGUACAAACAGAACUGUGUAUCCCUGUUAUGGCUGAGAGGCAGGCAAAGGCACAGGUUGUAUGAUAUGAAAAUCAAUUUCAAGUUGUCAGUUGGCAUAACUUCAGAGAAAUGCCAAAAUCAUGAAAGUGCCAUCUGGAAGCAUGAUACAGCAUAGUAGACCCCUUUUUAAGACUGUUUUGAUAGAGGAAAUAUGAGUUGAAGGAUGUUAUAUGAAUCACCUCUAUUUCUCCAAACAAAUUCACAAAACUGUCUUAUGUUAGGCUCUGCUGCUAUCUCAUUGUUAUGGAUUGAUCGCUUGGCUCUACCUCAGCUAGCCCUCAGCAUGUCAAUAUGGAGGUUCAACUGGUUGGAGCUGUGGCUUCAAAGUCAGCACAUGAAAAGUCUUGCAUGCAAUUGUCUUCAUGUAAUGCUUAGUUUUAUGACGGUUGCAACUUUUUGGGUUUAUAUUUUUGUACGAUUCAAGAGUUUACAUGCAGCAUAUCUGCAUGGUUUUCAUAAUUAUUUUUCCAGUUGUGUGGUGUUUCCCCUGCUGGCAUAUUAUAAAUUUUGAACAUAUUUCUUUUGAUAAUGUGUUUCUUUUACUGGAUUGUAAGUAUGCAUUCUGUUCAAUUGAAUCAUCCCAUUAUACAUUUAUUUAAUGAUUACUAUUUUGCAUUACAUGGGAGAUGAUUUUUUGUAUAGUUGCUGCAAGUUGUUAUGUGAUUGACUUUGGUAUAUUGUGAUAUGUAUAAAUGAAGUUUUAAUAAUCAUCCAUUAAACAAGCCAAUUUAUAGUUUCUCUCAAGAAUUAGAGAGAUUUUUAUCUCAUUUUGCUCUCAAAGACUCAGCUCAUGUUUUCUGACGUUUGCAAUAUUUACCAUCCUCGCUGAAGUAAAAUUUAAGCAGCAACAAUUGUUACUUCUGAUGGAAUCAGUUCAAAACCUUUAUAUUAAUAUUAAUUUACAGUAUAUGUGUAUGCCUACACUCUGUUCUGUCUUUCAGAGAAAAUUACUGGAGUCAUGUUAUUUUCAUGAACAAGUAUGUUGUGACUGUUUAAUGAAAGUAUUCUUGAGGAUGGUUUUUUUAAAUAUCUUGCCAUCAUUUACAUGAUGUUGGGUUUUUAGUUGUUCUAUUGAAAGCCCUGGCCCAUCUAGAGUUCGUCAGGCUGAAUCUGUUGUAACAGCUUACAUGUAACGACAUAAAUAAAGUUUAUCUUUCAA